AUCAAUGGCGAAGACAGUGUUCACGCAGAAGCUACUCGCGCGCAUUCUCAGACCUUCAGCGUUCGCAGUUGUUCAAUGCCAUCGCAACUUCAUCCACGCGGGUACCAAUCCCACGCUCCACCACCUCCUUCGCACCGGGAACCUUCCAGAAGCUCAGGCUCUCCUUCUCCGAAUGAUCAGAAAACGCGGCGUUUCACGUCCCCACCUCAUCGAUUCCCUUCUCGCCCCUUCUUCUCACUCUCACACAAACACCACCGUUUUCGAUUUACUCAUAAGAACCUACGUCCAGGCACGGAAGCUUCGAGAAGCUUCCGAAGCCUUCCGCUUGCUGAGGCAGCGCGGCUUCGCCGUCUCCAUCAACGCCUCCAACGCGCUACUCGGCGCGUUGGUGAAAGUGGGAUGGGUCGAUUUGGCGUGGGCGGUGUACGAGGAUGUCGUCGCAAGUGGCACAACGGUUAAUGCCUUCACUCUCAACAUUAUGGUCAAUGCUUUUUGUAAAGAGGGUAGGUUCGACGAGGUUAAGGUUUUCUUGUCCCAAAUGGAGGGUAGAGGUGUUUUGUCUGAUGUUGUCACGUAUAAUACUCUCAUCAACGCGCAUUGUCGUCAGGGAAAUGUGUGUGAGGCUUUCGAGUUGUUGAACUCAAUGUGGGGUGUGGGGUUGAAGCCUGGGGUUUUUACUUAUAAUGCUAUUAUCAAUGGUUUGUGUAAGAAGGGGGAUUAUGAGAGAGCGAGGAGUGUUUUGGAUGAGAUGUUGGGGAUGGGUUUGAGUCCUGAUGCUGCCUCGUUCAAUCCCUUGCUUGUGGAAAGUUGUAGGAAGGAUGAUAUUCGUGAGGUUGAGAAGGUGUUUGAUGAAAUGUUGAGGUGUGGGAUUGUUCCUGAUUUGAUUAGUUUUGGUUCUGUGAUUGGGGUGUUCUCUAGAAAUGGGUGUUUUGAUAAGGCUUUGGACUAUUUUAGGAAGAUGAAGGAUACUGGGUUGGUUGCUGAUACUGUGAUUUAUACUAUUCUAAUUGAUGGAUAUUGCAGAAAUGGCAAUGUGGCUGAGGCGUUGAACGUGCGGAACGAGAUGGUUGCGCGGGGUUGUGUGAUGGAUGUAGUUACUUAUAAUACUCUGUUGAAUGGGUUGUGCAAAGGGAAGAUGCUCGGUGAUGCUGAUGAGUUGUUUAAGGAGAUGGUGGAGAGGGGAGUUUUUCCGGAUUAUUACACUCUCACCACUCUCAUUCAUGGGUAUUGUAAGGAUGGAAACAUGAGUAGGGCACUUGAUUUGUUUGAGACGAUGACUGAAAGGAGCCUUAAGCCGGAUGUUGUGACGUAUAAUACCUUGAUGGAUGGCUUUUGCAGGAUUGGUGAAAUGGAGAGGGCUAAGGAGUUGUGGUGUGAUAUGGUGAGUAGGGGGAUAUUGCCCAACCAUGUGUCGUUUAGCAUUUUGAUAAAUGGGUUUUGCAGUUUAGGAAUUAUGGGUGAGGCAUUCAGGGUGUGGGAUGAAAUGGUAGAAAAAGGUGUUAAACCUACUUUGGUUACUUGCAACACUGUUAUUAAGGGUUAUUUGCGGACUGGCAAUAUGUCGAAGGCGAAUGACUUCUUCAACAAGAUGGUUUUAGAAGGAGUUUCUCCUGAUUGCAUUACAUAUAAUACUCUUAUAAAUGGUUUUGUAAAGGAAGAGAGCUUUGACAGAGCUUUUGUCUUGCUUAAUAACAUGGAAGAACAUGGGCUUUUGCCUGAUGUUAUCACAUAUAAUGCAAUUCUUAGUGGAUAUUGUAGGCAAGGCAGAAUGCGGGAGGCUGAGAUGGUAUUACGCAAGAUGAUUGACAGUGGUAUAAGUCCCGAUAGAUCAACGUACACAUCAUUGAUAAAUGGGCAUGUGUCUCUAGACAAUCUGAAAGAGGCAUUCCGUUUCCAUGAUGAAAUGCUGCAAAGGGGUUUUGUGCCAGAUGACAAAUUCUAAGAUUUCUACCGUUGCAACUCUUGUUAUCUAAAG